AUGACGAGACCGGGAGCAUUUGGCUCAAAUCUUGCCGACCUAGCCAGCUACUUACUCACAAAUGGUCCUCGCAAAGUAUACCCAGCCUCACGACGAGUGCGUGUGAUUCACAACCACACCACAAUCGUAGAUACGACCAAGGCUGUGCACGUUUGGGAACACGAUGCCUACCCCCAAUUCUAUUUCCCCCUGAGCGAGCUCAAAAACUGCUCCAAAAGAGAUAUACAGCUGGUGAGGAGCGACGGUGUUGCUCGAGCUGCCGUGGUGGAAGUUACCAUUCCAUCAAGGAAUGGCAUCAAGGAGACCAAGACGGAUCGCGUGGUCCGAUUCACGGAUGACAGGAGCCUCGGCGCGUUGUCAGGCCUCCUGCGCCUGGAGUUUGGCGCAAUGGAUCAAUGGCUCGAAGAAGACGUCCCGGUAUACGUACAUCCCAAGGACCCCUUCAAGCGAAUAGAUGUCCUGCCUUCUUCACGUCCAGUAGAAGUCAGAGUAGAAGGCAAGACCGUCGCAAAGGCCACUUCAUCUGUCCAUUUGCAUGAGACGGGUCUUCCAACGAGGUACUACAUCUCGCCGGGGGCAGUCGAUCCCGCCGUCCUGCGUAAGAGCAACCUCAUCACGAAAUGCCCGUACAAGGGCGACGCAGAGUACUACGACAUUGUCGUGGACGGGAAACAGCACCACGACUUGGUGUGGUAUUACAGGCUGCCUACUCAUGAAAGCGCCGGGAUUGCAGGACUGCUGUGCUUCUAUAAUGAAAAGGUUGACAUCCUGCUCGACGGACAGCUUUUGGAAAGACCCAAGACUCACUUCGGUUAG